GGUUUGCUAAACUCGUAUAAAAGCCCAGCGGUUGGGGCAAAAUAUUUUCAAGCGAUUGCAUCGUCCCUUCUCUCCACUUUUCGUCUUCACUUUUCGUUCACAAGGCCGAGCCUUUGAACUAAAAACUCUCUUUAUCAAACUUUUCUAACGAAUACCUUCCACAUUCAUUAACCAAAUGGCCAGAUUCGCCGUCAUCCUCGCUCUCCUUUCCGUUAACUUUGUCGCUGCCACUUUCAUCCCCAGAGCAGCUCCAGGCACUCAAUUCAUCACUGGCACCUGUAUCACCGACGCGGAUUGUGCAUCUGGCUGCUGCGGUGUCAAGUCCGGUAAAUGCGCCGGUGCUAUCAUUGCUCUCACUCGUGACGGUGGAUGCGGCCAUGGUGAUGCUCAAUCCAACAGCAGAGCUGCUGCUGUCCUCCGUGGUAACUGCCCUGGUACCAACCUCAAGCGUGAAAUCCUAAUGGAAAUCGAGGCGAGGGCUCCCCUAACUCCCGACCCAAAUGGUGCCAAGAACCUCGGAAACGGCGCAGGGACACAAUUCAUCACUGGUCAAUGUGCCUCCAACGCCGACUGUCAAUCGGGAUGCUGCGCCACACUCGGCAGCAUCGGUAUCUGCUCAGGUCCCCAAGCCGCAGACCAACAAGGCAAAACCGGUUGUGGCUUUGGUGGUGGUGCCGGUGGUGCCGCAUCCCCUCCUCCUCCUCCUCCUCCCGUUAACAACGGCGGUGCCGCUCCUCCUCCUGCCGCACCCGCUGGUGGACUCGCCACCUCCGGAACCGCCGACGUCGGCGCUGCUUGCGGCAGUGACUCCGAGUGCAAAUCCGCCUGCUGUGGUUUCAACUCGGGUAAAUGCGCUCUUGCCAAGACCGCUCCUGGAUCCGAUGGUGGAUGUGGAAAGGGCGAGGCUGCUCCUAACACCAAGGCUGCAGAUCUUAUCAAGGGUAACGCACCUAUUUGCUAAACGAGAGGUUCACGAGUCUUUCUUUUUUGGUUUUUUUAUUGGAGGUAUUUAUUUAAUUGGUAUUUAAGAGUUUUUUUACGCACUUGUAAUGAUUUGGUACGAAUUGGAGAUUAGCCUUUGCACCGUU